AUGUCUAAGUUUGACUGUGCUGAUGGUUACUAUCGUCUCAUUGCGACUGUUUGUUCGGGCUCAAUCAGGUCGACUGGCAGCGGCGGACUGGGUGAUGGCUGGCAGUAUGAGAGUCGAUAUGGACUCGGGUUACCGCUGAAGUAUCGUCCUAAGCCAGAUUUCUCGACAUACAGCAAGCUUAACUAUGCAGGGCGUCCUUUCUACCAGGUCGGUAUUGCAGGGUUCAAGGCUUCGCUUGGCCUUAGUUAUCUACGCCUGAUCUCUGGAACCUCCAAGAUCACCUAUCGAAUUAUCAUUUGGAUUGUGAUCGCCGUCUGUACGCUGGGCCAUAUCGCUGGUGCCCUUGUCCUGAUCUUCAAUUGCAAGCCGGUUCGACGAGCAUGGAAUUCUCACAUUGAAGGCACCUGCCUUCCAGUCGGAGAGACGUUUUACGGUCUCGCAAUUUUCACUAUCAUUUGCGACAUCCUUAUCAUUGUGCUGCCUAUUCCACUCCUUCUCAGCCUGAACAUCAAGACUGCGCAAAAGGCAGGUGUGGUGUGCCUUUUCCUCCUCGGCCUAUUCACGACAGUCUGUUCCAUUCUGCGACUCACACAAAUUCAUCGCGUGGCUUUCGGGGACGGUAAUUCGACAAUGCUCGUAUUGUGGGGAACAAUUGAAUUUAACGUGGGAAAUAUUGUUACCUGCGCUCCUUACUUGGCGCCUCUGUUAAAGGGAGUAGUGCGGGACUUUCGAUCUAGUAGCGGCAAAACGAAGGGCAAUUAUUAUGACAGCCGGGGCAGAACCUAUGCAAUGGAGAACUGGUCGAGAGACGGGCGUUCUCAGUUGCAGUCAAAUGUGUCUGCGCCAGGACCUCCGAAACGGACCCCAAGUGAAGAACUCAUUUUGUCGAGCCAGGAUCGCGACCACGGAGGUAUUGAGAUGACAGUGGAAUACAGUGUGUCAUUGGAGAACAAGUCGACGAAGCAUGAUACAUGA